CGUUACACGGCGUCGCUUGCGUCAGUCCUCACCAGCUGGGUGAUGGAGGUGUUCGGGCAGUUGUUUUCCGCGAUAUCCCCAGCAGCUUGAUGCUGCUGAGUCCAGAAUAGGCUUAUAACGAGUAGCAGCAGCCACAAGAUCAUGGGUAAUUUUUGUUUGUGCCUGUCCUUCCUGAGGAAAGCCUUGCUGACUGUUUUCCUGGUACUUUUUUAUUACUGUUUCUCCAUUGGUAUUACCUUCUACAACAAGUGGGUGAUGAGGUGGUUCCAUUAUCCUCUGUUCAUGACGUUAGUUCACCUAGCAAUGAUCUUUAUAUUUUCUGCGAUAAGCCGAACACUCACUUCAUGGUAUACUGGCAAGCCACGCAUUUGUCUGUCAUGGGAACUAUAUCUGAAGAGGGUUGCUGCCACAGCCCUGACAACUGCAUUAGACAUUGGACUGUCUAAUUGGAGCUUCAUGUUUAUCACAGUCUCACUGUAUACAAUGACAAAAUCAACUGCUGUCUUAUUUAUUUUAUUCUUUGCAGUCAUGUUCAAGCUAGAGGAAUUGAGAUCAUGGCUCUUAGUAGUUGUCUUGUUAAUAGCUGGAGGUCUCUUCAUGUUUACAUACAAGUCAACCCAGUUUAACGUAAAAGGAUUUAUUCUUGUAUUGAUUGCAUCCUUCCUCGGUGGGAUACGAUGGACACUGACACAGAUUCUCACCCAGAAGGCAGAUCUCGGUCUACAGAAUCCAAUUGACACCAUGUACCAUCUCCAGCCUCUGAUGUUUAUAAGUCUUUUCCCAUUGUUUGUGGCCAGUGAAGGACUCAGCCUGUCUGCUUCAGAGAAACUAUUUCGCUACCAUGAGACCUCUACUUUAUUACAUACGUUACAUAUUUUGGCUGGAGGAGGAUUUCUAGCAUUUGGACUCUGCUUUUCUGAAUUCCUUUUGGUUUCUAAAACAUCCAGCUUGACCCUAUCCAUCGCAGGUAUUUUUAAGGAAGUUUGCAUACUGGUCCUUGCCAGCCAUCUGAUGGGUGACCAGCUGACUGUUUUAAACUGGUUGGGAUUUGUAAUGUGCCUGUCUGGAAUCUCACUGCAUGUAGCACUUAAGGCCAUCUAUUCAGAAGAUUCAUCAAAUGACAAAAAGAUUGAUAAACUCCAUGAUAUGGCUUUGACUGACAUUGAUACGGAGUUACUCCUAAGAAAUGGACAGGCAAAUGAGAGUGAAGAAGAGGAUGUCCAAAAUCAUUGAUGGCAACAUUGUCAACCAUCCCAGGGUUCUGCCUCUCAUGUACAUUUGCUGUGCAAGGAUCUACCCCUAAAAGCUUUAAACUUGGUCUUUGUGGUCCAGUCAAUGUUUGGAACUAGUUAAAUGGGCAAAAUUUGCACUGUGAAUGGACAUCCCUCUGACCAAGGUAACAGUGAAAAUAUCGAAUACAUUUUACUGUUGUUACAGUUUUCCAUCAUUUUCAACUGUGCUGAAGCUCACCUAGUGUUCAAUUAGGAAUUUGGAUCGUUAUGUUUGGGGCUUCGGAGACAAUAUUUUCAGCUGUGAAAGUAUUGUGAAUUAAGAUAUAUGGUCGAUGGAUAUAGCAACUUGUGGAAGAUGUGCUGCACUGAGAGCAAUUCCUCUUUUUCAGUUUUAUUAUUGAAUCUUUUCUUGACAUCAUGUGAGUGUAAACAACUAAUAACUGCCUUAGUUGAAUUGACCCUUCAUUUGAAUUUACUACCUUUUCUCAAAAAUGCACUAUUUCACAUGGAGACAAUGAAAUGUGGACUCGUAAACAUAAUAAAACCGAAAGAAAAAUACCCCUUACAGGACUUGAAACUCAGUCUGGUAUGAUUAGAAACAAAUGAAGUAAGUCAUUCACAGACAAUUAGAGUUGAUGUUUUAGGGUAUAAUUGAUGGUUACCUUGUACAAUGUGCAAUACUUUAAAGAUCAUUUUCCUUUUUUUGCUCCACAGUGAAGUCUUAUGUAUUUUAUGUCUGACACGUGGAAAUGAUGUCUGGAGGUCACUCUGGUAAAGCACCUCAAAUAUAUGACCCAUUUUUCCUGGGAAAAAAUCAAUUCAUUUGGGGAAAAAGCAGUGACCUAGAGUCUUAAGAAUCUUAAUUAAUCUCCGCCAUGUAUUAGCCUUCCCUAACCAGUGAAGCAGGUAUACGGUACAAGGUACCUGGACUACUUUUGAAGAUCUUUUACAUCUUCUCAUUCUCUUGCAUUUAUUUCUCUCUAUUACUAGUUUCUUCAAUAACUAGUUUAAUUUUUUUUUCCUUCUGCUUCUGAAAAGCAACAAAGCCAAUUAUCAUCCUUGCCCUGCUAUGUGAAUCAGACCUUUAUGUGUCUGCCUUAAUUAUAAGAAUCCUCUACCAUAGUUAUAAAAAUUCUCUGCUAUAAAUAAUACCAGCAGAGCAGCAGACUUUAAUUUGUUGUUCACAAAACUAUGUUGUAUUCCAUGGAAUUGUUCUUCAUUAAUAACCACUGCCCAACCCCACUAAUGCCUCCAUCUUUUUUGUCGUACGCGUACUGGGCAUUAUCUGCCAAUUGGAUAAUUGUGUGUUUUUAUGCACUAGAGCCUAUAUUUUAUUUUUAUUUUUUUCCGGCAGUCACUUACUCUUGUUCCUCUGCUUUACCCUUUCAGUUUAACAGAGUUUGCUACCCUCUGCAAUGUAUAUAGCUUCAUGUGUUUUUCCUUGUGCAUGUGGCAGAGUGCAACAGCCCCUUGCAUUAUACAAGUAUCUACCUUUGUAAAUGAUAUAUCAUUAGCUUCACUUCUUAUAUGCUGUCAUUUUUUAUCUACUCUGGACAAAACUAAUUGGGACUAUUUUUCACUUUCUAAUUAGAUCUCCAGAUUCAAAUCCACUUUGUCUCUAGCAAGUUCCUCUGUAGAACAAAUUGAUUAAUUUCUUUCAUCACAUUUUAUGGUUGUCUUCUCAAAUUAAAGAAAUCUGUCACUUACGCAAACAUUUUUGUAUCUUCAAACUUGUGUUUGAUUAUUCACCUUUUUUCUCUUCUAAUCACUCAGUAUACACUGCACAAGUUUAAUUUAUUUUAAUCUGCAGAAUUUGAGCUAAUGCAGCUUACAGACUGACAUUAAUCAGUCUCAGUCCCAGGGAGCCAACAGUUUAGAUCAUAAGACAUAUUGUAGGAGCAGAAUUAGGCCACUCAGCCCAUCUAGUCUGCUCUGCCAUUCUAUCAUAGCAGAUUUAUAAUGCUUCUCAACCCCAUUCUCCAGCCUUCUCCCCAUAACCUUUGGCACCCUGACUAAGAACCUGUCAAACCUCCGCUUUAAAUGUACUCAAUGAGUUGGCCUCCACAUCUGUCUGUGGCGAUGAAUUCCACAGAUUCACUGCCCUCUGGCUAAAGGUUCUGUUCUGAAUGGACAUCCCUCUAAUCUGAUCCCUCCGGUCCUGGACUUGCAUAUUAUAGGGAACAUCCUCUCCAAAUCCACUCCAUCUGGGCCUUUCAAUAUUCAAUAGUUUUCUCUUCCUCCUGCACCCCCCCCCCCAAUUCUUUUAAACUCCAGUAAGUACACACCCAGAGUCAUCAAACACUCCUUGCAUGUUAACCAUUUCAUUCUAGGAAUCAUUCUUGUGAACCUCCUCUGGACCCUGUCCAAAAUAUCUCUUCUUGGAUAAAGGGCCCAAAACUUCUUCCAAUACUCCAAAGUGCAAUAUGACAAAUGCCUUUUAGAGCUUCAGCAACACAUCCUUGCUUUUGUAUUCCAGUCCUUUCAAAAUGAAAACUAAAAUUGUAUUUGCCUUCCUUACCACUGUCUCCGACUCAAUCUGCAAGUUAACCUUUAGGGAAUCCUGCAAAAAGACUCCCAAGUCCCUUUGUACCUUUGAAUUUUAUCCCUGUUCGGAAAAUAAUCUAUGCCUUUACUGCUUGUACCAGAGUGCAUGACUAUGCACAUGCCUACAUUCUACUCCAUUUGUCACUUCUCACAAUCUCUCCGUGUCCUGCAGACUUCCUACUUCCUCCGCACCACCUGCCCUUCCACCUAUCUUGGUAUCUUCUGUAAACCUGGCCACAAAGCCAUCAAUUCCAUGAGAAGCAAUCCCAAUCCUGAUCCCCGUGGAGCAUUGCUAGCCACCGGCUGCCAACCAGAAUAGGCCCCCUUCAUUCUGACUCUUCGCCUCUUGCCAGCCUGCCAAUCUUCUGUCCAAGCUAGUAUCCUUCCUGUUAUACCAUGGGCUCUUAAUUUGUUAAGAAGUGGAGUGACGUUUGCAUUUUCCCAGUCAUUCUGAACCAUUCCAGAACAUAGUGAUUCUUGAAAGAUCAUUACUAAUACCUUCACAAUCUCUUCAGCUACCUCCUUCAGAACCCUGGAGUGUAGUCUAUCUGGUUCAGGUAACUUAUCCACCUUCAAACAUUUUAGUUCCCAAGCAGCUUCUCCUUAGUAAUAGCAACUACAUUCACUGUGCCCCCUGACACGCUAGAAUUUCUGGCAUACUACUGCCAGUGUCUUCCACAGUGAAGACUGAUGCAAAAUACUUAUUAUUUCUUCAUCCCCCAUUUCUUCAUCUCCAAAUUAUUUUCCAGAAGUCCAAUAUCCACUUUCACAUAUUUUACUCAUUGUAUAGUAUUUCUGGGGGGGGGGAAAAAACUUUUGAUAUCCUCUAAUAUAGAUCAUAGAAAAGUACAGCAUAGAAACAGGCUCAUUGGCCCAUCUAGUCCGUGCCAAGCCUUUUAAAUUGCCUACUCCCAUUGACCUGCACUGAGACCAUAACCCUUCAUACCCCUAUCUUCCAUGUACCUAUCCAGACUUCUCUUGAAUGUUGAAAUUGAGCUUGUGUGCUUCAUUUGUGCUGACAGCUCAUUCCACCUCUCACGACCCUCUGAGUGAAGAAGUUUCCCCUCAUAUUCCCCUUAAAUUUCUCAUCUUUUACCUUUAACCAAUGGCUGCUCUACAAAGCCAUCUUGUGGGCAUUCUUCAAAUUCCUUCUUGAGGUCCAGCACCAUCAUGAUUUUCCAAUUUGCCUCCUAUUGAAAUGCCCCAUGAUUAUCAUAACAUUGCCCUUAUUACAUGCCUUUUCAAUCUCCCAUUGUAACUUGUAUCCCAUAUCCUGGCUACUGUUUGGAGGGCUCUAUAUAAUCCCCAUCAGGAUCUUUUUCUUCUUGCAGUUUCUUAACUCUACCCACAUGAAUUCUAUAUCUUCUGAUUGUAUGUCACUUUUUUCCCAAGGAUUUGAUUUUUUUUUAACCAACCAAGCUACCCCACCCCUUCUACCUUCUUGCCCGUCCUUUCAAUGCAGGAUGGAUCCUUGGAUGUUAAGUUCUCAACUAAGAUCUUCUUAGCCACAACUGAGUGAUGCCCACGUCUCUUAAAUGUGCUACGAGAUUAUCUAUCUUAUUCUGUAAAUCUCUGCAUUCAAAUAUAACACCUUUAGUCCCGUAUUCAUCACCCUUUUUGAUUUUGCCUACGUUGCACAUCAACUCAUCCCACUGACUGCAAUGUUGCCCUAUCAUCUACCUGUCCUUCCUCACUGACUCACUCCACAUUGCAUUACUUGUAUACCAAUUGCCCCAUCCUCAGACCUAUCACUCGUUUCCAUCCCACUGCUAAAUUAGUUUAAGCCAGGGGUUCCCAACCUGGGGUCCACGGGCACUUCAGUUAAUGGUAAGGAUCCACGGUAUUAAAAAGGUUGGGAACCCCUGGUAGAGCCUAACAGCUCUAGCAAACCUGCCUGCAAGGAAAUUAAUCCCCUUUGGGUGCAGGUGUAACCUGUCCUUUUUGUACAGGUCUACCUUCCCCAGAAGAGAUCCCAAUGAUCCAGAAAUCUGAAACUCUGCACUUGCACCACUUAGUCAGCUACUUAUUCAUCUAUACUAUAAUUCUCUUUCUGCCCCUUCUAGCACGUAGUAUUGGGAGUAAUCCAGAGAUCCUUGGAGAUCCUGCUCUUAUUCCUCUUGCCUAACUCCCUAUACUCACUACACAGGACCUCUUCUUUUCUAUCUAUCUCAUUGGUACCAAUGUGCAUCACAACCUCUGACUGCUCAUCCUCCCUCUUGAAAAUAUUCUGCAGCCACUCUGAGAUACUCUUGACCCCAGCACCUGGAAGAUAUCAAACCAUCCUGGCUUCUCUUUCGUGGCCACAGAAUCUGCUGUCCAUCCUCUUAACUAUCAAGUCUCCUGUUGUUCGGUUUGUGGCCGUAAAUAACACACUUGAGAGAUGGAGAGGUGAGGAACAAACAUGCAGCUGCUUUAUUUGCCCAGAAAGCCCUCUCACAUUAAGUUUAGUACAUAACACACAGGAAGCUCGACAGUAACCCAUAAGGGUCAAGAUGUGCAUGAAUCCAUUUAACUUAUUUUAAAUGUUUCUCCCCCUUCCCAUGAACAGUCCAGCUGCUGAACAGUUAACAUUUAAUGGAGUAAUCCUCAAAUUUAACCAACAACAAGAACAGUUUUUUUUCUAAACUAGGGAAGAACUGUUUCUACUCACAGACAUAAGCCUGGAUGUUAUUCUAGAGAUUCAAUCUGUCUGGAGGCUGCCUGAUCUUGUGAUGGUACUGAUGACGCAGGGAUGAAAUCAAAGUAAUUUUAUCUCUUGCUGGUAUAUGUAUAGAUCUUGGUUUGUGUACUGCAUUGUCAUUUGGGGGGGGGGCGGGUACCUAAGAAAGCACAGGGGAUGGGGAGCACUGGCUGUAUCAAUUGAUCUUGGUAGAGGUUCUGUAGUUGUCUCAGAAUCCUGUCCCAUCUCUACAUCUGGAUCUGGGUUGGUCAGUUUGUGCUGGUUUUCGGUAGCUUCAGAAGUGAUCAGCAUCCUUUCUCCAGAUGUUGUGGUUACUAGUUUCCACUGUGUACGACACAGGGCCAGUUUGUGCCAUCGCAGGUAUCCACUUUAUUCCAGAGAUGUAGUUCUGGACAAGUACUCUCUCCUGCUAUGAAACCUCUGCGCUUUGCUUUGGCAUGUCUCUUUGCUUGGGUGUUCUAGUCAUUAACACAAUCUGUUUUGUGUCUUGGGGUAUAAGCACAGACAUCCCACCCUGAAAAAACUCUUCUCAGGGAGGUAGCACCUCCACCUCCCGCAACCCCAUAUUCCCCCCCCGGUCAACCUCCAGAGGUGUAUGUAUACAGGACAUUUGAUUAUGAAAGAACACAACAAUUUAUUUGAUCACGUAUUGAAAUGCACGCACACACACAAUCCCCCCCCCCCCCCCCAUAUACCUUCCUUGUUGAGUAUCUUGUUGGCAGUCUCAAUGCUAAUAGCUAAUUGCAAACAGUGCAGCGAGCAACACUGUCAUUAUUUUUGACCCCUAUUAGGCAGGGGUACACUUUAGUCUGGGGUGAAGUACGCUUUAUAUAUUUUUUGGAACACUCUGCCAUGGCGUUGCAGGACACUAAACUGAACUGAUGGACAAUGAAAGAGAGGGAGGUCGACGGUAAAGGUCGCCCACAGAGAAAACUGAUAGGUCUGCUUAGCAUGAAGAGACCAAUCAGAAUGCUCUCCCUAUCACUCUCUUGCUACGACUAUCACUCGCUCUCUCUUUUUUGCCACUCCCUCCCCGCCCCCCCCCCCCCCCCACCCCCAUCGCCUGUUUAAGUCUUAAGUCUUUCAAGUCAACCUUGCCCCUUCAGGGGGUGAGAUACUGCAAUUUCUCCUUGUAAACUGUCUCUGACACCAGCAAUACUGAGCACUUGUGUCCACCUGCAUCCACACUUAGAUCCCAUCCAACUGCAGUAUUAGCCGAUAGCCAUCUUUGUGUCCUGAAAUAGAUUUUUUUUAAUGCAAAGCUUCUUCAACUUCAGAGUGAGAGUCAGUCUGUCCUCAGUAUGUUCUAUGUUUCUUUUUGUUUUUCCAAAAAUCAUUUUUACUUAUUUGUGCUUUUGGUCAACUGUCUUUUUACUUUUGCAGGCGCUUUCAGUAUGUUUCUUUUGUCAUAGUCAUACUUCCAAACAUUUUACCAUUUUUGAAUACAAUCAAGUUCCAGAAAAUUCAGUCUCAUCCACCUCUUUCUCUCUCUCUCUUCCUCUCAUUUGAUUUAUUUAACCAUCCCAUUUUCUCUCCACGGAUUCUUCAUUCACCUUGCUUCCUGUGACGUUUCUAGUGGCAUGCAGCGACUUCUUUUCACCCACCUACGUGACGCAGUGGUACACCGAGAGCUGCACACUGACUUUUCUUGUCGAAGGAAACACGAUAAAUAUGAUGUGAGGACUUGUCACCUCUUCACUAGUUGUUAUGGAAAGCCAGGUGGCUGUGAAUAACCCACGAGAGAUGGAGAGGUGAGGAACAAAUGUGCAGCUGUUUAUUUUGCUUUUAAAUCGGCUACCUGGGAUGCACUCACUUUAUGUUCAGUGCGUAGAAGCUUGACAGCUUAAAAUGUACAUGGGUACAUAACACCUAUCACUAUCGCUCUGCCUGACUUUACCCUUCCAUGCUGAGCCUCAGAGUGGCCAUAGUACCACUGGCCUGGCUGCUGCUGCUGUACUAUGAUGGGCCACUUCCUCCCCCCCUUCCCCUCUCCCCAGCAAUAUGAAAAGGGAUGUACUUUUUGCUGAGGAGAAUGGCCACCCACAGGGGAACCUGCCACUGACUGAUUACUACCUUUAAUUUUCCUGGUGGUCACCCAUCUACUCUCUGAAACCUGUGCUGUAGGUGUGACUACCUCAGGAAAAAGUCUCGUCUGUGAAGUUUUCAGCCUCCCGGGUGGUCCCAAAUGCAUCCAGCUUCAGUUCCUUGACCUUGUCAGCCAGGAGCUGAAAUUGGGUGCACUUCCUGUAGAUGCAGUCAUCAGGGAGACCGCUAGAUACCCUGAAAUCCCACAUCUCACAGGUGUAUUCUACUGCCUACCCUUGUUAUACCUCUAACUUCAGUUCCAGCUUGCGCCUGUUGAGCCAAAGCCUGACAACUCCAACACAGUCCACGCCUAUAACAGUUGCUCUGUGUAAACUGUGCUACUUUUUAUCGGCCCUUGCUAGGUUACUAAUAACCCAAGCAAUCUUCCACUCCACUGACAAGUCCACAAAGAACUGUCUCCAACUCACUCAGUGAUCUCCCAUUAAAUAAUAAUUAUUUAGUUAAUAAUUAGUCAUUUUCAAUCUGCAAGAUGUCUUUGUUGGGAUCCAGUUCUGAAAGUAGACAUUGGAUAAUAUAUUCUUAUAUUAACCGUAUACAUCAGAAGAGUUUUUUAGUUGAACAAGCAUCAAGGAUUGAAGUUUGUAAAAAAAAAAAAUUACAUUUGUCCCAGUUGUUAGCAAAUUGAACACUAAUUUUUAUGUAUCCAUUCCCACCAAUUUUUUGGUUUACUACAUAAAUUUAUCUACACAUGAGAUUUUGGUAUAUUUCAAUAACAAAUUAGUUUCAAAUUCAGGUAGGACAUUGUUGUUAGCCUUUUGCAAAUGUGUUAUAAUCAUCAUUUAUUGAAGGCUUGGUGAUGAGCUAAGUGUGCCAGUAAUGUAAUGGCAAUAGGGCAGUCAGUCUUUGUGUCAUUCCUGCCUCUUAAUUUUAUCUAAAAUGCUAGUCUUUUGGAUUCCUCUUUAUCCCAUCCCUUUUUCUCCAUCCCUUCUAUCCAUGUCUCUGCACCUGUCUUUUCACCACCACCACCUGCCUCUCUUUUAUUACUGUUUUAUUUUAUUGUUAUUUUUUUAAAAUAGCUGUAAAUAAUUUUACAUAAUUUUGACUAACAAGGUGGCUCUAUUUAAUUCUGAAGCACAUCCUAGUUGACUUCAGGACUGAAAGUUCAUUUGCUUUGGCAUUCCAAUAUCUGGAACAAAUAAGGCUAUUUUGUGGUUGUUUUGAUUUCUCCCCUAUGGGAAAGUCUGGUGUUUAUCUGUUGCUACCUCGUUUGCUGCAGCCUGGUCCAAAAUCUAUUUGGAAGAAAUUCAGGCUCAAGCAUACAUCCUAUAAUUACUUUUUACUAAAUUGAGUUAGUUUCCUGGUCUGUACUGAGCAAAGUAGUUCUUGGCCAGUCUUCUCUUUACUACUACAAUUCGUGUGGGAUGUGUUGAACAAAUAUUUCUGUGUGAAAAUUUAAAGAAAAAUUGCAGAUGCUGGAAAUCUGAAAUAAAAGCAGGCAACACUGGAAACCCUCAGUCGGUCAGGCAACAGCUGCUGAUCAUUUCAGGUCUAAGCCCCAUCAUCAGAACCUCAAUGGAGGGCCUUUGACCUGAAAAGUUAACUUUUUUCCCCCUCACAAUGCUGUCUGGUCUACUGAGUGUUUCCGGCAUUUUGUUUAUAUUUCAAUAUGUUAUAAUUAUGUGUAACUCAUUUGAAAUGAUUAUCUGUUUUAAUAUUUGAUCACUUCAUUGCGAAUACUUUCUGCUUACCUCUAAGGCCAAAUAAAUUAAUUUCAAUAUGU